AUGUCUAAUUUCUUUAGAGACUCAUCUUUAGGAUUCAAAUCAAGAUCCAAUAUUUUUAGCAAGUUUAAAAAUAAGGAAACAAGCUUAACUAAUACAAAAUCCAACCAAACAAAUAUUUCUUUAAAUGAGGACAAUGGACACUUAUCCUUCAUUGAUGAUGAAGCAGAUACUUCUAUUACUAAUACUCUGAUGUUGAUAUCAAAGAACAAUUCAAAUUCUGGACUAACAAACACACAUGGUGAUAGUGAUCAAACGACACAACAGACAUCAGAUGAAUCCAUUGUUCUAGGUCCAAGCCAAAAAGUAUUUUUUUCCAGCACUCCUAUAAAUAAUAAUCAAAAUAAUACAAAUUAUUCUUUAAACAAUGUUAAUUCAAUAAAAAUGAGUAAUGCUAAGAAUCAAAUAAAUACAGAACCCAUAAAUGAUGAUGAUGAUUUUGAAAUCACUGAGGUGAGAGAAAUAGAUGAUCAGAAAGACAAAAUUUCUUUACCAAAUAUUAAUGAUAAUACUGCUGCUCUGACUAAUAAUAAUAACCAACUUAUCGCAAAAACUGUAACACCAACAAGAUCCAACAAAGAAAUAACCUCUUCAACAAUGAUUGAUAUAUCAAAUUCCUCUUCAAAUGAUGUUUUAUUAGAAGCCUUCACUAAUACACAACGGAUUUGCUCCAAUUUGAAACAAGAAUUAAUAUUGAAACAAAGUGAGAAUAGUAAAAUGAAGAUUAAAUUAAAUUCUUGUGAAAAUGACAUAAAUAAAGUUAAUAUCAAGAUUGAAAGUUUUAAAAAACAAUUGGCAGAGUUAGAGAACAAAAGUCGGAAGUUGCUUUCACAGAAAGAAACAGAUAAUGGAAAAAUCCGAAAUUUAAAGAAAGAAUAUGAAACAUCUAAAAAAAUAGUUAACGGUUAUAGAGAUGACAUUAUUUUGUUGAAAACACUACUAAACAAAAUACAAGACAGUAAAAGAGAUAUAGAAAUAGAAUCAACAAAGAGAGCAAAAGAAAUAGAGUAUUUAAAAAGGGAAUUGGAUGAUUGUUCUGGGCAAUUAAGUGAAGAGAAAAUAAAAAAUGGGUCCCUCACACAUGAAUUAGGAACAUUUAAAAAUGAAAUUGUUGGAGAAAUCAAACAGCUAACCGAACUUUCAUGGGAUGAUUUCUUGAAAAAAAAUAUGACAAAUAACAAAGAAUUUUUUGAUAAUUUAAAUAAUGAUCUUAAAAAUAACUCAAAAACAGAAUUUGAAAAAAUUUUAACUACGAUAGAAGAUAAUGACGGAACGUUGUUUGAAAGAUUAGGAGAGGAAUAUAAUAUAAUAUUGAAAUCUUUGAAUAAAAUAGAGGCAAAUUCCAUACAAGAGUCUAGAAGUAUCUCUGAUACUUCCAGCUCUCUUAAACAGAUAAUUAUAGAAAAUAUCAAUUUUGCAAAGAAGGCAUUAUUACAUGAAAUUUUGAAAGGGAAUGAAACGUCAAUUAACAGUUUCAAUAAUUCUUUUUUAGAGAUAACAAAAAACAAUCAAAUUUUCUCUGAUCAAAUACAACAAAUGUGUACCCAGUUUGGAGAAUAUCAAGAAAAACUAAUUUUAUCAAAAGAAUAUGAACAAACAAUAAAAGAUUUAGAAAUGGAAAUAUGCUCUCUAAAACAACAAAUAAAUGAAAACAUGAGCCUUAUAGGCAUUAAAGAUGCACAACUUGAAGAAAAUUCUAGUACAUAUACAGAACAAAAUUCAAAACUUGUUACUUAUAAACAAGAGGAAGAAAAGUUGAUGAUACUAGUAAACCAAAAUAAUAUUAAACUAGAAAAAUGUGAACAAGAACUCUCAUAUUAUCAAAACUUGCUUAAUACUGAAAAAGCAAACUUUGAUAAUAAACUUGCCUCACAAAAUGAAAUAAACAGUGCAAUUAUUUCUGAAAAUGAGACAUUGAAGCAAAGAUUACAAGAACUUCAAAGUUAUAAAACUACAUGGGAACAAGAGCAGGAAAGCAAGUUAGAGAAAUUUCAAAAAAUCAAUGAUCAAUUUCAAAAAUUAAAUGUAGAGACUAUUCAACUAAAGGCACAUGAACUCGAAUUAGAAGAAGAAAAUAGAAAUUUAAGAAAAUCAAUAGAGUCUAAUAAAGAAUCUUUUCAAGAAAACAUAAGUGAAAUAAAAUUCUUGAGACAAAAUAUAGCUUCAUAUAACACAGAAAGACAAGAGUUCAUUGCUGAAAAAUUGUGUUUACAAGACAAAAACGAAGAAUGUCACUCAAUUAUAAAACAAUUAAAAGCAGAAGUUACAUGGUUCAAGGAUAAAAUGAAAAAUUUGGAGCAAAAUAAUUACAAGAAAGAUGUUAAUGCAAAAGAGAAUAAUUCAAAAACUAAUGAUACCCAAUAUCAUAAGGAAAGAAGUAAUUCUAUAUUUCUUCAAACACAGAUUCUUAAAGAUCCCAUUAAAAAGAACAUACUACAACAAAAUAAAAUUAAUAAUCAAAGGAAAAAAACAUCACGUAAUAAGAUUGAAAAAAAUCAUGCUUUUGAAAUUAAUGGAAAGAAAAAAUCGAUGGAUGAUGAAUUUGAACUAUCGUUUUCUUCAACUGAUGAUCUUGAACUAACAAACUCUUCGCUAUUAUAUGUAAAGCCGUUGAAUCCAAAGAUAAAAAUGACCAGCAGAAAGGAAAACAAGAAAAAGUUGUUGUUAGUAGAUGAUUUUGAUUUGGAAGAACCAAUAUCUAAAAAAACAAAUUUAAAUAAAAGAAUCAAAAAAUAA